CAGAACUUCGAGAACGAGACGAGACCCUUUCUCCUCCUCCUCCCGGCUGCUGUGGUGCUGGUGUCGCCGUCGCGUCGCGCCUGCUCUCAUGUGUUCUCCGGCGGGGCCUCCUCCUUUGUCCUCUCACUAGUAGUAUUUUUGGCGCGGGGUCUCCAUUGCAACCUGCCCACCAGCAGCAGCGCCAAUAAGCGAGGAUAGCCGAUGGACCCGCACGCCAACCACAAUAUAAUUCAAGCCCCAACCACCUUCCUCCUCUUCCUUCCCCUCCCCAGCUAGCUGCUGCUUCCCUUCCCUUGUAAUCCGCUCGAUCCCCUGCAUCGCCACCCAAGAACAGCGUACGGCAACGACGACCUGCUAGCCGGAGCCAGAGCUAGCUAGCUAGCUGCUUAAUUCUUCCUCAGAGUGAAAUUUUCCUGAAGAUUCCUGCGCGGCAUGUUGAAUUCCACAAGACUACCAGAACACGUGAGGAUAUGAGUUGGCGUUGUCUUCCUAGAACCAAGAAAAAGACUACCAGAACACGCGAGGAUAUGAGUUGGUGUUGUCUUCCUAGAACCAAGAAACAAGAGAAUCCUUACUCCAACACCAUAGGCGGUAUUUAUUCUGAGAAGAACAUAAGGCUCUUCUCCUAUGCUGAGUUAAGAACUGCCACAGACAACUUCAACCGCACAAACAAAGUAGGUAGAGGUGGCUUUGGGACAGUUUAUAAGGGAACCAUUCGAAAUGGGCGAGAGGUUGCGGUAAAAGUUCUUUCUGCUGAAUCCAGGCAGGGCAUUAGAGAAUUCUUGACAGAAAUUGAUGUCAUUAGCAACGUGAAGCAUCCCAACCUUGUUGAAUUAAUUGGUUGUUGCGUUGAAGGAAAUAACCGAAUUUUGGUGUAUGAAUAUCUUAAGAACAGCAGUCUUGACCGUGCACUGUUGGGUUCUAACAGUGAGCCUGCUGACUUUACUUGGAGCAUAAGAUCUGCUAUAUGUCUUGGAGUUGCUCAAGGUCUUGCAUACCUGCACGAAGAGAUUGCAUCACCGAUUGUACAUAGGGACAUCAAGGCUAGCAAUAUACUUCUCGACAAAAAUUACAGCCCCAAGAUCGGGGACUUUGGUCUGGCCAAGCUAUUUCCUGAUAAUGUCACCCAUAUCAGCACCCGCGUAGCUGGAACAACAGGCUACCUUGCACCUGAAUACGCAUGGCAUGGCCAAUUAACGAAGAAAGCAGAUAUAUACAGCUUUGGGGUCCUUGUGCUGGAGAUAGUAAGCGGCACAAGUAGUUCCAGGAGCAUACUGGCAGAUGACAAGAUGCUUCUGGAGAAGACAUGGGAGCUGUACGAAGCCAAAAAACUCAAGGAGCUGAUCGACCCAACCCUCGGAGAAUACCCUGAAGAAGUCAUCCGGUACAUCAAGGUGGCCCUCUUCUGCAUACAGGCAGCCGCGGCGCGGCGGCCGUCGAUGCUGCAGGUCGUGACCAUGCUGUCCAAGCCGAUCCGGAUCAACGAGAAGGAGCUGACGGCGCCAGGAUUCAUCCACGAGUACAGGAGCAAUGUGUCCAAGGCGAGUACGUCGAGCAACUCAAAGUCCAAGCACUUGGGGUCAGAGGACUCCAACAUGUUCAGCACGGUUGUUCCACCAACAGUGAGUGAGAUGAGCCCCAGGUGAAGGAAAACCAGGCGCAUGAUCAGCACCGGCAGAUGUAGUCCUUGCGUUGUGAACUGGCGAUGUAGACUGGGUGACCGACCUGACCGUAUAAUAGAGUGCAUGUGUGUUGGUGUGUGUGUUUUUCCAACUGCAAAAUGCGGCAACUAGAUCUUGUACAUAUAGAUUAGUGAUUCAUGCCAGAGCCAUGUAAGAUUGUUGCUUAUUCCACAGCUUGAGAUAUUAUAUUCGAGCAAUUAUCAGCCAGUAUUGGGUUAAAGCCCUCUUACCAGUUUCA